AUGUCGCCUGUACUUGCCACGAUUUACGAUUCUCUCAGCCUUGGAAAUGUUUUUCUGCUGUUGCUUCUGUUUUUCCUUCUGCAUUACUUGAUUGUGCUCUACGAGUUCAGAAACAUGCCACCCGGUCCUCGUUUGUCAUCCCUUCCUGUGUUGGGGAACAUAUUUUCCCUCGACCUUAAUGCAGACAGAAUGCCAGACACUUUUAAAAGGUCAGUUUUGUAAUUUGUUUCUCUUAAACCUCCUUUUUUUCCGGGGGAUUUUCUGAAGCAUCAAACAUCAUGAUUUUGUCAGUUCGUGCUAAAAUUCGCACGAGUGACCUAGAAUUUUAGUAAUUGCUCAUUGUGAUAUAUAUGUGAAGAUCUGGCAAACAGUAUAAUACACUCUUAAAAUAUACACCCUCUAAUUGUUGCUCGCGAUUCAGCGAGACGAACUUGAUCGGUUUUGCCAUUGCUGGUGUUUGACCUUUUAAAGCAAUGAUCACGUGGAAUAUUUCAUAACUCUAAAAAAAUAUGCUGGAUAAUUUACGAAGGUCCCAACCUCACAAAAUCAUACCCUUGGAAAACUCUCUUUAUAACAUAGCGCGCGUGCUUGCCCUAUAUAAGUGCUAUUGAUCCGCUAUGAACAAAAUCUUUAUUUACGCACGCCCGUGCGUAAAUAAGAUGACGUGAGCCUUUUUUUUUUUUACCUGGCUGCAAAGUUGUCGUCUUUUAAGCUACAAUGCAGUGUUCCUUCUCUGUAAAAUAUGGAAGAAACCAGCGAAGAACUGCCCAAUUUUUCUAUCGGCAUUGACCUUUUAGGUCCUGAUCCAACAAGCAGCAAAAAUAAAGCCAAAUUUAAAAAAACUCGCAAGUUGCGCUUUUCGCAAAUUUGUCGGAAGACCAGUUGCAGGAAAUUUUGGCCGAAAGACAGUCGGCUGGGAACAGAACAGACACCAACUGGUCAUCAACAACAUUUAAAGCUAAAAUUUCCGUUCUUAUUGUUGUUUUUAAAUUUGUUAUGCACUAUUGUUAUCUCCAGACAAUCCGACUGAAGCAGGAAAAUUUCUCUCGCAAUAACAAUACAAAUGUACACAAGAAGACCAUAAAUUUAUUACUCACAAAAACAACUGCUGCCAGGUCUUCUCAAGAAGCUGUAAUGACCAGCCAAUGUUCGUAAAUGAAUGUAAGUUUAAAGAAGGAUGAAAAUCGUCUUCCCUAAAAACAUGUUUUCUGAAUUUCGCCAAGCAAAACAUAAACAUGUUUUCAGCAAAUCCAAACCACACUCCACGACUACUCACGAACAUGUCACGGAGGAUUUAAACUUUAGGUGAACUUUAAGACUCUUUUACCUUUGUUUCUGUAUAGUUUCCAUUGAUCGUUAAAGAAUAAAGAAGCAAAUUUUCUUUCUCACUUUUACAGAAAGAAUAUAUAUUUUCAUUCAAACAAGACGAUUGUGGCGUGUUCGUAAUCAGCCAAUAGAACCGUUUGUUAUUGCGUCGCGCGUUACGAGAAUUUUGCAGUUAAUCAAAAAGCAAGCAUUUUUGUCACCUAUCUCAGCCAUGUUAUAAAAGAAUUUGCUCAUGCUUUGAGCUGUGCAUAUAUCGAGUUAUGGAUGCACUUGGGAAGUUUGGAGAGCACUCAAGAAGCAAGAGUUGCACUCGGCUAUCGCCUCUUACGCAUCUUUCGUGCUCUCCAAACUUCCUGCGUGCAUCCAUAACUCGAUAUACGCACGCUAAGCAUGAACAAAUUCUUAAAUUCACCUCCUCCAUCUCCCCUUAACUAAGGAGUUAUAGCAACGACGACGGCGACGGCAACGAGGACGUCAAAAAGCCAAUAGGUAACGUAAUCAUAUAUAACCAAAACAACAAUUUUGCUCGUGCAUCACGCUUUUUUGUACAUUUCGUUGCCGUCACUACCGCCGACUAUGACGUGAAAAAAACCUAAUUUUUACAGAGGAAGUACACAAGCGACGAGGAAAUUUAAUAACAUUAAUAAUAACAUUUAUUUAUACCGCGCAAAUUCAAUUAUACAGUUUUCAAAUGCGCCUUACAAUUAAAGGUCUAAAAAUAUACCGUAAAAAAAUAUAUAUAUAUAUAUUUGCUCUGACUCUAUUUCUGAACUUGGAUAUGGUUCUUAGGAAUUCAACUUUAAGAGGGUUCACCCACAUGUGACAAAGUUUGUGACUUGGAGUAAUCCCGAUCACGAUUGAAAGAACGCGAAUUCACUUUGUCAGUGACGUUUUCGCUGGCGUCGCCGUCCUCAGAUCUUAAUUAAGGUCCCUUUAGGGAGCUUAAGAUCCGACGACGGCGACGGCUACGAAAACGUUACAUAAAAAGUGAAUGCUGGCUGCUUUAAACUUUAUGACUCUUAUCCUAUCUCGUUUAAUUCGCCAAAUGUUGGCAAAUUUCUUUUUGAGUUAAAUUCUAAUGGACUGUGUCAAAGUUCAGGAAAAGAAAAAGAAAGUUGUUGUCUUCUAUUCCCGUCCUUGACAAAACGUGAAAUUAGGCACUUUCACGUUAUAGUCGUGCAACAACGCGGCAAAGAAAUGUACAAAAAAGCGUGAUGAUGUUGUUGGUUUUUCUAAUCUAAGCCUACUGCUUUUUUGACUUUCUUGUUGCCGUCGCCGUCGGAUCUUAAGCUCCCUAAAAGGGACCUUAACAGAGUGCGUUCCUUUCGACCAAUCCGGUCAAAAGGAACGCGAAAUCCGAAAUUGGAUUUGUAACCUUGGUAACCUUUCGCAAACGCAUGUAAUAUGCAUGACAGUUUCUUAAGAAUACUGUUUGACAAAUUAUGCGAUUAUAGCGUGUAGAAUUUUGUGGUCGGCAGUUCGAAUAGUGAUCAUGGAACAUAAGUGGAUCAAGAAAGAAGCGCGUUAAAGUUGAACAUUAUCUUAAGGUUGUAGGCUCGGUUUGAUGCAAUUUCGUCGCUCGGAUUUUUUUAUGUAACACGAUCGAGUGCCUAUCGCGUCUACAAGUGAGUUUGUAGAAAGACAGCAGUUCAUUAGUCCCUACUAAUUUGCGUUUUUGAGCAAUAUUUAGCGACAAAUGAUUAGCACAUGAAUAUUUACUGUACCAGGAACAAUCUUCAAGUGUUUUCAGAUGUUUUACGGCAAAUAGCAGCAACUAGGAAACUCCAAAGGAAUACUUCAACUGGAAAUACCGCUGGAUCAUGUGACUAAUUUCGGAUCCAUUGUGAAUGGAACACCUUGGAUCACUAAUCCGUUAAUCUGGAUUCGGAUUCUUCGGAUUUCAAAUCUAAUGAAUCCUUUGUCAAAAAGGAUUCACCAGAUCAAAAAUCCGUUUUUGGAUUUACCGAAAGGAACGCGAAAUCCAUUUGAAGGAUCUAACCUCUGGUUUUGGAUUCACCCAAAGAAACACACCCUUACGACGUUCUCAUUUCCGUCGUCGUCGUCGGAUCUUAAGGUCCCCAUUGUAAAACGCCCUACUGUUAGACCACCACCUCGCGAGAUGGCAUUUGAUUUGCGUUUUCAUCCCUUGUUUAAUGAUAAUCUCAGCAACCGGAAAAAUUCCCUUGGAGCGAGUUAGAGCUAAUAACCAAGGGUCACAAUGGUUUGGCCAUCUCUCAAAUCUCUUCGAAGUGUUCUUGCAUUUCCUAGUCCUGAAUGUCCUACACAUGCCCUAGUGUUACCGUGAAGCGACUUAUUUAGGCCUAAAGGGAUUGCUGCCAAAGCUCCAACAACAACUGAUAUCACCUCCACCUCACGCAUAACCCACAUUGUUGAUAUCUCACGCUUGAAAUAUUUCAUCAUCGUCAUCAUCAUCAUCAUCAUCAUCAUCAUCAUCAUCGUCAUCAUCAUCAUCAUUAUCAUCAUGGUUAUCGUUAUCAUUCCAUAUAUUUUAUAUUUUCUUUUUGGUGUCAUCUUUCAACUUACAUUCCUAACAUACGACGGUCACUUUUUAGGCCUUUCUCGCGUAUUUCCUCCCCCUAACAAAACUCUUUUCCUUUUAGCAUGCUUUGGAACAGACAUUCAGUCCUCAAAGAUAAUUCAUUCUAUUAAGUUUUCCAAACCAUAAUUUACAACGGAGGAUAACACACGCAGUGCGUUUAAGGAAUUACAAGUUCAUCAAUGAUAUUUCUUUCUAUUUUUUUUUUCUACAGUCUCAAGAAAACGUACGGGGAUAUUUUUUCGCUUAAAGUUGGAAGCUACAAUUUGAUUAUGGCUUCAAGUUCUGAGGCUGUCAAAGAGAUGCUUGUAAAGAAAUCUGCUGAUUUCUCUGGGAGAUCAGAUUUGUACACCUUCUACAAAAUAACCUUAGGUGUGUAUACCAUGGAGGACCAUUGCUUGUUUUACUGAUCUAGCAUCAGUUUACUCCUAUUUUUAUUUGUUUGUUUGUUUGUUUUUUUGCUUUAAGACAUUCAAACAACGCUUUCCUUUCACUGAACACUUCAGGGGACUACUCGUAGGAAAUCUUGAUGGUCUUGGUGGUUUUCCAAACCCCCACUGUGUUUUACACCGAGACAAACAUUUCUACCCCUUUUCAGACCUAGUUGAAUGUUUUAUUCGUUUUGCCAACCUAAUAUCUCGUCCAAGUAUAGUCAACACAUGUUGUACUGCAUUUCAUUAAUAUUAUCAUUGUUAUUUAGUAGUAUUUGACCCUUAACGUCUUCAUUUUGAGCUAAAAGUACAAAAUAUAAUAGGCUCAUACACCCUUGUCCUCCUUGAAAAUUUUUCCCGAUUUCAGCCAGACCAUAAUGGGAAAAAAUCCGUAUCUGUUUCCCGACGAAAGGGCGACAAAACCAUACCUAUGUAAGGUGAAAACUCACGUUUUGGCUAAUUGUCUUCACUUCGAAACAAAACUAGGAGGAAACAUACAACGUACGGAAAUAAAGAUUUAAUUAAAGAAAAUAUUGAUUGAGGUUGUACUGUACUCUUCUCACAGUUAUUUGACUUUGUUUCUUCUCUUUGAACUCUAGGUGGAAAAGACAUCGUUUUUGGUAACUAUGGACCUGCGUGGAGGUUUUAUCGAAAAUUGUUUAUUACGGCUCUUCGCCAGUACGUGUCGGACAGCCCUCUUAUAGAAAGCAGAGUCUCGCCUCAGGCCGAGAAAUUGAUACAUUUUAUGGAACAACAGAAUGGGGCGCCUUUUGAUCCUGCAGAUUGCUUGCAGCGAAUUGUUGCCGAUGUCGUUUGUGGUAUAAUUUUUCAAGACGGCUUGAACACGAAGAACCCAGAUAUGGACAAACUUUUGAAGCUGAAUGUUAAGUUUGUUGAGAGUGCGGAUGCAGUCAAGAUGGCCUUCAUUUUGGACUUUUUUCGGGGCGUGCGUCACUUGCCAAUAAAGGCAAGGCAGGAUCGCAUUGUCCAGCUCUUCUAUGAUAUGCACGAUAUUAUUCGCAAGCUGUUAAGGGAAAGAAAAGAAACAUUUGACCCAAGCGAGCCAGUGGAGGACUUUAUGUCAGCUUUACUUCGAGCCAGAUACGACCUUGAUGCAGAAUGCAAGAGCGACGAAGAACGAUCCGCUGUCCUCUCAGAAGAUUAUUUCAUCGCCGCCAUCGAGGACAUGUUUCUUGCUGGCUUUGAGUCCACAAGCACCACAUUGAGAUUUGCCCUUGCCUUCCUGGCAAACCAUCCAAAUUAUCAAGAGGAUAUUCAGCGUCAGCUAGAUGAAGUGCUUGAUGGACGAAGCCCCUCCUUAGAAGAUCGCCUUAAGCUGCCACUCAUUCAGGCGAUGAUCUUGGAAACACUGAGGCUAGGGAAUGUGGUGCCACUUGCGAUACCUCAUGUUGCCCUUACCGAUACAACUCUAGGUGGCUACCGUGUUCCUAAGGAUACGGUCAUUUUUGCCAACACAGAAGCCGUCCAUCUAGAUCCAAAAUGCUGGGAAGAUCCCACCGUUUUUAAUCCAUACCGCCAUACUGAUGCAGACGGCAAGUUGAUCACCAACCAAGGUAAUUUUUAUCCUUUUGGAGCUGGACGUCGGGUUUGUGCUGGUGAAUCUUUGGCUAAAGUUGAAUUGUUCCUGUUUUCAUCGUGGUUGCUGCAGAACUUCACGUUUCUGCCUGCGGAAGGUCAUCCUCCGACGUCAAAGGCAAGUAUCAUCCAGUUUCCACAACGUUACAAGAUACGUGCGAUCAAACGCAACUGA